AUGGUAGUAACCACAUCAAAAAACAACAUAGGUUUCAACUCUACGAGUAAAAGGUUUGGUCGAGUAACUGGCCAUCCAAAUUUAGACCCCAGCGGCCUAUACGCAACACGACCCGAUGGAUGUGAUCCCUGCCUCUAUCAUCCAAUUCCCAUAUAUCUAUUAUGCGAAGCUACUCACAAACAAAAAAUUGAUAAAGAUCCGUGGAGAUACAAGAACGAAUUAGAAGAAUGGGCGAAAAACUUAGGUUACAGAAACCAAAAAGUCUUAGAACAGCGACGAUGGAACCGAUCAUUAUUAGGACCUGCCUGGCACGAAGUUACGGAGCUCCCUAAAUAUGAACCAGCCUGUAUGAACGUCGGCUUUGGAAGGACUGCUCGAUUUAAACCGACGAAACAAACCGUCCCCGAUCCUGGGACCUAUUACAAAACGGUUCCAUUUAAAGCUCCAUAUGGACCGCAUUCCAAACGACCGACAUUCGAAAGAGAAGAACCUUGCAGGUUUAAGGACACAUCACCUAAAUGGUCUCAUGCCCCGAACCGCUAUACGAUCAUCGAUAAAGAUUGUAUCGAUCAAAAAUCAAAGAAGGUCAUAUCAAUUCGAGGUCCCUACGAUUUAUUUACUGGUAAACGAGACGAAAGUACGAUUAAAAAUCAUUUUAACACUUCUCUCAAGUGUUCUGCAGCCACUUGGCCAAUCGCCCUAAAAGGCAGUUUAGAGAAAUAUAAGAAGUCACAUUUUGGCGAGCUGAAUAAAACCAGCAGAAGUAAGCCCCACAGAGGUCGAAACACCCUGGUCGACUUGGCGAUGUGCCCGCGUCGCGCACAGGACCCUGGACCCACGCGCUAUAUUCCGACGCCACCGACUACUUUUGAACAAUACAAAUUUGGUUUUAAUAGUUCUUACGAUAGGCCUCCGGGCUAUAAAAAAGUGAUUGUGUGGCCAGGUGUAGGUCGAUACAAGUUAUAUACUCACCGAUCUAUUGCAGGGCAUGGACACAAGCACGUGUUCCUAAGCAAAAUAGAAAGGACAAUAGGAGCUGUCAUAAUACCGCCGAUGAACACAUUCUAG